UUUUCCACUAAAGAGAUUCAAAAAGAUAGCGACAGUGUCAGCGGUGUAUAAAAGACAUAAAUUUGAAGAGACUUACUUAACAGUACUGGUAAAGCUAAUUAAUUAUAUCCUUCAUAUACUAUAUUAUAUACUGAUGCUCAGUGAGAAAUACUAUACAGUAUAAUGUUAGUUGUUUUGCUUUUCAGCUCAAACAGUAACAGUUUCUGUUGGUCCUUUUCCACUGAUUAUUUAAUCCUAUUAUUUAUUCACCGGCAUCCUUUUUGAGUCCUAAUCCUACUGAGACUUUCCUACUGAGGAGUGUGUGUGCCGGUGCUGUUCGUGCAGCCAGCUUCAGGAGGACAUGAGUAAGCCUCGGAGUGAGCUGAGUGAGAAGGAGCGGGAGCUACUGAAGAUCCGCAGGGCGAGCGGAGCCAAAGCCUCACAGCUGGCUCAGAUGGAGAAGAUGCUCCAAGAGACCAAAAGUAUGAUGGACAAAAAGGCUGAGAUGGGUACAGAAGGAAACCCCUUUGAAGACAACAUGGUGUCUGAGUUGGAGGAGAAAGUGCAGCGCAGUAAGCGAGAGCGGCGUAACUCUCUGCACAGGACACAGCUGCUGGAAAGUCAAAUGAAGACAGUGCGUGGUGAGCUGGUGGACACUCUGGACCACCUGCAGGUGCUUAGAGAUGUCCUGCGCCGCUCACAGCAGAAAGCAGAAGAGCGCCAAGCAGCCAUGGAGAAACUGAAUGCUGAGCUUAGGUGAGGCUCUGAGAUCCUUACCUCCUGCUGAUCUGACUGUCAUUUUAGAAGACAGUGAUUGGGUCUUACCUCCCAGUCUACAAGAAGGUUAAUACAUUGCUGUUUUAUGUGUGAAGAGUUAUGUUUUGGAAUAGUUUAUAUAUUGUGUGGGUUAAAAUGUACAACUUUGCGAAUGUUCGAUGUCACUGAGCAACUGUGUGCUGGAAAAAAACCCUUUUUUUCAAUAGACACUUCUUGUAUUUGAAGAGAGUAAGAAUUUUCUAUGCAUUUGAUUCAAUUGGAGCAUAUUGUUUAGCAGUGACUAGUUAUACUGACACAAUUAAUUCAUCAAUAGCAGUGUGAAUUCUUGAAUUCUCAGUAAUUUAUAUGAUAUUUAAGGACCAGUUGAAAUGAAAAAUGUCACCAAUGCAAUGCCAAUUUCAUCUAGCUCAAUAUAAAUUAAUACAAUUAAAAUGAAAUACAAAAUAUAAUUUAUUUUAUAAAGUAGAUUAUCAUUUUAAUUAGCAGAGCUUUUACUAAUACAGUAUGCCUGUCAAAGGAUAGCACAGACAACAAUGCAGCUGAACUGAAAAUGACCCACUUCUUCUAGCCAGUUGUUAAUAUUUACGUGAAUAUAAUGUAACGGAUGACUAAUGAUGAUUUGAAAUGGUCGUCAUUAUCACUGAUCAUUGACAAUUGUUUGUGAUUCUUUUUUAAAUUUCAUUGCAAGUUUGGACUCACAUGGCUUCAGAUAAAGUCUUCUGCUUCUUA